CACAGUCAACAACAGGAAUCUGGUGAAAGGAAGGAAGCUUCAGUUACAACAUGCAUGUGCAGGUAUUGCCUGCCACCAGGAUGACCUGUAUAUUACUACCUUUAAUGCACUGUACAAGUACAUGCUGAGUGGGAAACAAGUCAGCAAGAUGUAUGAGGAUAAAUCAAGUCGUUGGACAGUAGUGGGGUGUGCUGUGAGUCCCACAGGGGACAAGUUGUACAUCACAAACAUCUCUGAUAACAAGGUCCUCACCCUGGCCAGGGAUGGUUCAGUCCUGGCCACAUUCACUGACCGUGCACUACAUGACCCAUGUGAUGUACACGUGACACCUGCAGGCCAGGUGCUGGUAUGUUAUAAAGUCUCGUCACACACUAUCAUACAGGUGGACGAUGAGGGCAGAAAGAAGCUGGCCACUAUUGCUACAAAGAAGGAUGGAAUGGUGUCCCCACGGUCAGUCUGCUACAACAGACACACUGCGUCCAUCCUUGUGGGACUUUAUGCCGCCAACAACAGUAUCCUGGUGUUCAAAGUGCAAUAGCAUAAUUCUACAUGUAUCCUGAUUGAUGAUUCAGAUUAUUUAUUGCCAUGGAAUUAUGUUGUGCAUAAAAAUAUGUUUGUGUUAUAAUACUACAACAAUGUUAGUAUUAUUACAGAUGCAUUUAUUUUGUAAAGAAAUAAUGUCAUUAGUUGAAAGAAUAUAAAGACUUUCUGGGAUCAUAAGAACUAUUAUAGAAUAUAUUAUAUUGUUGCAUCUAUUACAAUUGUUUUAUAUUACUCUUUUACUUAACAAGGUGUCUAGAACUGCUAGACAAAUGAUAGUUCAGAAUAUAAUGUCUGUAAUUUACAUAACAUAAAUAAUAUUUUGAAUCUAUAUAUAGGCAGUCAUUUCUUUUUACAUAAAUUAAAAAAUUAUUUAAGAUUACUGGGAAAAAAAAUCCUUGAAUUUGAAGUAUCAUGUUUUGUUUCUUGCGCUGAAAAAACAUUUCUUUUGUAAUAUUUAAUUACGUUUCAGCAUUGCUGUCUAACAAAGGUUUCGAUCUGAAUUAAUAUCCAAUGAAAUUUUGAUAAUUUAUGCAAGUAGACCUAAUUGAAUAAAUGUUCAAUCAGCAUGACCAAUAUGAACAUGAGCACCAUCUUGCGGGUGCAGACCGCUCAUCUAUUUUCUUUUUAAAGGUGAAGGGACUCUCAUUUUCAAUCACAAAGGAGGGAGGGGUGAAGUGUAUAGAGUGGGAGUGUGG